AUGUCAGACCAAAUGGAAAUGUUCAUGCAAAUGCUUCACACACAAAACAAGCUCAUCGAAGCGUUGGCCAAAAAGAUGGAACAAUCUUCAUCGCUUCAAUCGAUAAAUGCAGGUUUAACCAGUGACAACCUCGCCAAUGCGAUUGCAGAAUUCACAUAUGACGCCGAUGAAGAAUUGACGUUCGAAUCUUGGUACGCAAGAUUCGGGGAUAUAUUCACCGUUGAUUGUGCUCUGUGGGAAGACACCGACAAAGUAAGACUGCUCAAUUGA